CAGCUGCGCAGACUCAGCAGCCCCUCGCGUCGUCACAUCAGGGUUUUCCGUCGCUCUGCACGGAUUUAGUCGACUUAUUUAUUUAAUAAGUCGUUAUAUAAUACACUCCGAGUUAAGACACUCACACUGAUCGUCCUCGAGCCACCAGCGCACCCGAUGCACCUGUCCUCCUGACAGACUUGAAGUGACAACGCUGACCUGGAUAACCGCUGAGCCUGAGUCCCCCACUGAGGCAGGCCUCUGCGAGCAGACGGACUCACAGAGACACCAGCGGACAGACGACAGUGUCAGCAGCUCAUCAGCAGCCUGCGGCUCCAGGAGCAGCAGCAGCAACAGCAGCGUCCAACACUACAUCCUCCUCAUCCUCCUCAUCCUCCUCAUCUUUGUCGCUUCUGACAUGGCAGACCCCAGCCUCACGUCGCCCUCCAGGACCUCGCUGCGCUCCCCCAAUACCUCUCUCACCCUCUCCUUCCCCUUCCUGAGGGAGGGGAGCCGCGUAUGGGAGGAAGGAAAGGAGCCGCCGCUGCCACGGAAUUUGCCCAGCCCGCUGCCAACCAAACGUAACCGCACCUACUCAGCUACGGUACGUGCUCAAGCAGGUCCGACAUUUAAAGGUGUGUGUAAGAACUUCUCCAGGUCACAAGGUCAUGGCUUCAUCCGACCCUCCCACGGCGGCGACGACAUCUUUGUCCACAUCUCAGACAUCGACGGGGAGUACGUCCCAGUGGAGGGCGACGAGGUCACGUACAAAGUGAGCCGGGUCCCGCCCAAGAACCUGAAGGUGCAGGCGGUGGAGGUAAAGAUCACACAUCUCAACCCAGGGACGAAACACGAGACCUGGUCUGGUCAGAUCAUCAGCUCGUAGGCCUGAACUCCAGGGGCCUGGUGGGUCUUGAUGGGCAGGGCUGGGUGGGGGAUGGUUGAUGUUGUGGGACUAAUAAUUCAGUGCUCAAAUCCUCUUUGAAAAGCAUGUUUUACCUGCACAGCAAAGUGUCCAGAGUUAAUAAUAAUUAAUGUGUAGUUAAUGUCCACUUCGAGCUGUCUGCUACACUGAUGGAUUUGCUGUGUACGUAAAACAGACCAUUUAUUCACUGUUUGGAAGAAAAAUGUCUUUAUUUAAAUUUUUUCCAUGGUAGCAGUAACUUAAGUCAGAUUUGAGAUUGGUGGGUAAAGUGAUCAGUGGGGGAUCAAACUUUUAAAUCAGAGAGACCCUUGUGGACCUCGUUUUUCAGAGAGAUCAGCUGUGUAAAGUAAACACUGGGAAAACUGCAAACACAACUGUGGUGCAUGUCUGCAAACUGAGGCAUGACAGCUGAGGGUAUGUGCAAGGAAGAGAGUGAUGUCAGACAAAAGGCUGAAUUGAGUUUUACUUCCCUUCUUUGCAGCUGUUAUGCACUUGUUUACUUCACCAAAGUUUCCAGGAUCACAUGCUGGGUGCAAGUGUGGGUCAGUCAGAUGACUUUUUUCUUACAGCCUACACUGUUUUUACAUCAAGCGCAGACUAUGGUAAGAUGAGGAGAAACUCUGAGUUUAAAUACAGAGAUAAUGGACGUAAGAGCAAGUAGGUGAAGAGAUUUAAUGGAGCAGUGUGGAGGACUUAGGGGGAUAAAUUGGCAGAAAGGAAAUAAAAAAAUAACUGUUUUCUUUAAUGUAUAAUCACCUGAAAAUAAGAAUGUGUCGUGCUUUUGUCACCUUAGACUGAGUCGUUAAAAUCUACAUGGGGAGCAGGUCUUUGUCCAUGAUUCUACAGAAGCCCAGAAGUUGUAGUAGUUAGCAGCCCCCCGUGACGAAAUGAAUUGCGUGAAAAAAACAAACAAAAAAUAAAUGUGAAACUGCUUUAUUCAGUUUUUCUAUUGGUUUAAAUAAUUUUAUCUAUUUGUUUUAGAGAGAGAGAGGCCUCUGCAGAUAAUUCGGCUCCUGAUAAAAACUGCCUGAACGUCUGGACUUGAAUUUAUUGAAGAAAAUAGGUGAACACACAUCAGCAGGGGCUGGGUUAGCAGGCCGUCAGAGCAGAUUUCAGGAACAAAAUGUAAUAAAACUCCAGACUCAAAUUGGUCAAAUAUGUAUACAUUUGUUUAUAUUUUGCACUUGAUUUUUAAGUUAUUUUGAUAAAGUAGACUUUAGGCUUCUUAUUAGGACUGUCAGUACAGUAAAGUAAAAAAAAAAGGAAGUGAGGCCCAAAAAACUAAACCCUUAAAUAUUUGUCAAUAUUAAAAACAUAUCAUAUGAAGUUACUAUCUCACGGAUCUCUUUUGGUCUCUUUGUUGGCGAUAUUUGGUAAUUGCAAUGUGUUUGUUAACUGACUGCCUUCAUUCUGAUAUGCAGUCAGAUCCAGAGCACCGGUUAUCCAAAUUUAGUAAUCUUAAAAGGUUUGUAUAUGAAACACGGUGAAUCAAGACAAAGUUGCUUUGAAAAAACAGCACAAUAGUAAUAUGGAUUAACUGAUCCUAGAUAGUAAAACAUAGGAAUUUUUAAUCUGGAUCAUUCUGAUCUGGAGUGCAUUUUAUGAAUAUUUUGGCCGUGGUGCAUUUGUUUUGGAGAGGAGGAGGCCUCUGUGGAUAAUUUAGCUCCUGAUAAAAACCUCAUGAACAAUGAACACUGAAGGGAGUGGGAGUUCAUGCUUGGUACAUGAGAAAAGUCUCAGCUGGUUGCAAUCUGCAAUUCUCAUCACUAGAUGGCACUAAAUCAGACACACUGCUCCUUUAAAGUAUUGUGUUGUUUUGUGAAAGUAAGUUGAAACGGCAGAUUGACUUCAGCAGGAUGUCACGUAAUCCUCCUUUUUUGGUUUGAGGUUACCAGUUUAGAAACAUGAACUUAGCAGAGAAAAAGAGGGGAAGUUUCAUUAUGAGAGUAAAAGUAAGAAGACGGAUAAAAGCAUGAAGGAAAACUAAAACAGGCAGAUCACGUUAAACCAAGCAUGGAUAUUUCAAAAAUAUUAAAACAUAUUUUGCUGUGAAAGGAAAGUGACUGCAAGUAUUUUCCUGAAAAGUGCAUAUCCUCGGUUGUAUUGUCUUGUUUGCAGUUAUUUAUUUUAUUUAUUUGAUGACUGAUUCAGAUUUGUGUGUCCUCAGAUUGCAAGCUCUAUAUUUUGGGCAAUACAGUCAAAAGUUGCACUCAAGAGAUUUGAACUUCCACUUUGAAAACUGCCAGAAAAAACAGCUCCAGACAAAAAUGUCAGGUCUUUCUCAUUUCAUCUUCUGUUUUAAAAUUUCUGUUUUUUUUCUGGAGCCGGGAAUUACUGAUAAAAAAAAAGUGUUUGUAAAUCUCUUUUCUAUUAUCAGAAAAAAUGUAUCUGUGUGUGAUUUAUUAAGUGUAGUCGGUGUGAUGGUGAACAUCAUAGUUGGUGCCAAAAGAAAUCAUUGUCACAUAAAUGUUUGUAGUUCAGAUUCAGUUAUGUACCGUACUGUAUGUCAUUUUCUAUUAUAUAUCUGUUCCAUGGAGUUUCUAUGCAUCUUGUCUAUCUGUCAGUGUCACUGCUUGAAUUUGUUCAACAUUUAAUUUGGUUAAUUUCUGUCACAUUAAAGGGCACUUUCUUUUGUGGACGAGCCACUGUGGCGGUGAUGCCAUGAUUUCUUCUACUGAGCCUUGAAAGAACAUUAAAGCAUUUUAUGAUUCA